AUGCGGCCGACCUAUUCUUCACGAGCCUUUGUGCUUGGUGGAGAUGGGGUAGGUCAGGGUGCUCUGUUUGAGCUGUGUCAGGAAUGUUCUAGAAGCCCCUGGCCCCAAAGAUCGAACCAAAGAGUUCGAGGCCCAGGGUCGCUUCUUUUGGAGGAUCCUUUGAAGCGCGGCCCAGCCAUCGAGCUCACCUUUAUUGAGGUGCCGUACUGGUGGGUCGAGGCUGAUUUGCGCAGGCGCGUGCAAGAUGGGUCUUGCCGCGACUGUGCCGUCUUGGUGGUGGAUGUUUGCAAUCCCGAUAGCUUUCAAGCUGCGCUGACGCGAGGCAAAUGGGCCCUCUCUGCUGGAUUGCAGUGCCAGAUGGCAUCUGGCUUAGUUGUCCUGAUUGGCCCUAGCGGCUGCAUCCAUGGAAGCUUUUUCCAAUCUCAGCAUCUCGUUCAGGUCCUGAGCUUUGCUGGGCCAUGUGGCCGUGCAACGCCACUCCCCCAGGGAAUGCCGUCAUGA